UGUCCACAAAUCUUAUUUUAGAAAUGAUUGUAUUAUCAGCCACUGGCAGCGGCAGGAUCCAGGAGGGCUAACACGCUAGGUUUCCACGUCUCCUGGGGGUCCGCAGUGCUGUCUGAAUUCAUGGCUCGGCAAUCGACUUCUCACUCCUUUGUUUGCAUUUUCCUUUCUGUCUAUUCUUGGAAGCUCGAUGCUCUAUUUGUCUCCCCUGGGUGUCUGCUCUAUGAAUCUGCAAUCCUUUAGCUGUCCUGCCCUAUCUCGCCCGUUGUCUGCUCCAUCGCUCGGCAAUCCUCUACUUCCGCCCUCUGGGAACGUCGUCUGCUCGAUCGGCUCGGCGGUCUUCCUUUUCCCUCCAGUGGAGGUCCUGAGCUGGCCCCGCUCGGCACUCCACUAUGCCCCCUGGGCAGUCUGUCUGGUCGAUGGUAUCGGCGAUCGUUCUCUCUCCCCUGCCUAUGUAACCCAUAGUCUGGGGCUCCGCGCCGCCGUCUGAUGAGCUCCUCUUCGUCCGCUGCUUGUGCUAACGUGACCGGCGCUGUGUCUGGCUCGUUGUGAUCGGCGCUCGUCGUCUCUUCCUUGUGGCUGUGGUGUGAUCGGCGCUCGCUAGCUCUCCCCUUACUGGCGAUGAAUGGCCGCUGCUGUUCCCGGAGCCGCUGAGACCCGAGCACCGGAAGCGGGAACCGGGGGGAAGCGGACCGCGGUGAGAGCAGGAGGACCGACCACCUGGCCUCUACAUCCUCCAUCUCUCACUUUCUCCCCCUGAUCUGUCAUCAUGUCUCAGACUCUACAAAUGGAGAUCCCCAACUUUGGGAACAGUAUCCUGGAAUGCCUGAACGAGCAGCGCCUCCAGGGCCUGUACUGCGAUGUCUCCGUCGUGGUCCGCGGACACCAGUUCAAAGCCCACCGGGCCGUCCUGGCGGCGAGCAGCUCUUACUUCAGAGACCUCUUCCACAACAGCAAGAACCCUGUGGUGGAGCUGCCCGGAUCGGUCCAACCUCAGUCCUUCCAGCAGAUCCUCAGCUUCUGUUACACCGGGCGGCUCAGCAUGAACGUAGGAGACCAGUUCCUUCUCAUGUACACGGCCGGCUUCCUGCAGAUCCAGGAGAUCAUGGAGAAGGGGACAGAGUUCUUCCUGAAGGUCAGCUCGCCCAGCUGUGACUCCCAGGGUUUGCACCCUGAAGAAGCUCCAAGCUCCGAACCUCCCAGCCCGGCCGCGGCUGCAGCAGUCGCGGCAGCAGCCUCGGCCGUGGCUUCACUAUCAUCCUCAACAUCUUACUCCACCUCCCGGGCACCACGGGUGAAAACGGAGAGCCAAGAGUCUGAUUCAGUGCAGUGCACUCCAGUAGCGAAGAGACUGUGGGAUGGGGGGCAGAAGGAGGCCGGAGGGGCAAAUAGAAAGGUGCCACGCUUUUCUCAAGGAGCGUCUGGUGGGUCAUCAGGUGCUGUGGCCCCACAAGGGUCAGAGAGGACGAGCCCAGGAACGUCCAGCGCGUACACAAGUGACAGCCCGGGAUCUUAUCACAAUGAGGAGGACGAGGAAGAGGAGGUCGGAGAGGACGGCACAGAGGAGCAAUACAGGCAGAUCUGCAAUAUGUAUACAAUGUACAGCAUGAUGAACGUCAACCAAACCGAAUAUUCUUUGAAUUCUUCAGCUGAGAAGGUGGAAGCUCUGCCGGACCCCGUCUUUUCAGACUCCAGGAACCGUGUGCGUGUCAAGCAGGACCUGGCUACCCUCCCAGCGGAGCUCAUCAGUCAGAUCGGCAACCGAUGUCACCCAAAACUGUACGAAGAAGGAGACCCGGCUGAGAAGAUAGAACUUGUGACAGGAACCAACGUGUUCAUCACCCGCGCUCAGCUCAUGAACUGUCACAUCAGCGCCGGGACACGCCACAAGGUUCUGCUGCGCAGGUUGCUGGCGUCUUUCUUUGACAGGAACACUCUAGCAAACAGCUGUGGCACUGGAAUCCGCUCGUCCACCAAUGACCCGAGCAGGAAGCCUCUGGACAGCCGGGUCCUGCAUGCCGUGAAAUUCUACUGUCAGAAUUUCGCCCCGAACUUCAAGGAAAGUGAGAUGAAUGCCAUCGCAGCGGACAUGUGUACGAAUGCCCGACGCGUGGUGCGCAAGAGCUGGAUCCCAAAACUGAAGCUGCUGAUGGCCGAAGGAGACGCCUACACGUCCUUUAUCAACGACACCGGCAAAAUGGAGCCUGACCUGAUGGGCGGAGGCACCCCCGCGGAUCAUGGUGCGGGCUUUGAUGGCGAGCCGGGAGAGGGAAUGCCUUGAUGGUCUUGCACGAACCUCCCCCCCCCCCCUCCCCUUUCCAAAAGUUAAAAAAAAAAGUAACUAACUCUCCCCCUCUGUCUGUAGUGAGGAGGGGAGGGAGGACGGACAAUAUGGCACUCAGGAGAUGCCGUAGGAGGUGGUGCUAAGUAGGACUGUACGCUGCUGCACGACCUCGGGAGCGGUGCGGAGGAACCCGGUAUCACUAUACACUGCUGCAUGAGAUACUCGGUAUCCACGUCUCCAUUAUCAGUAUGCAGUUACACUACGCCGUGUCAUUAUAUAGCGCCUCCAUUAUCGGUGUAUAGAGAUACUCGCCAUCGUCAUCCAACCGGAACAGACGUUCCACUCGCUGGGGGUGGGGGAAGGGUGACUUGUAAAUAUUCUGCAGUCGGGGUAGAAGCUCCGUAAUCUCACUGGCCGCUGAGGUCCCAGCUCCUGGGAGAAAGAGAGACUUUUUUUUUAUUUUUAUUAUUAUUAACAUUUUAAAUGCACCCUUCCCCCGCAUCAGCUUCUGGAUUGGAGGGAGCGCUACCUACAACCGAGUGUAAUAAGUUAUAAUUCUCUAGAUCAUCAGUCUCCGGCUGUUACAGAACUAACUACAACUCUCAGCAUGUUGAGAAAUUGCAGUUUAGCCAAGGCCGGAGAAUGGCAGAUAGGAGGUCAAUGCUUUAGAUCAUUGCGGGGGAGGGGGUUCAUGGUCUUGUUGCCCAACCAAUCGCAACGCAGCUUUCAUUUUUCAAGGGCACUAUCGGAAAUGAAAGCUGCGCUGUGAUUGGUAGCGGCGGGCAACCGUUUUCUCUUUUAGACAGUUUUCCUAAAUCUGCCCCAUAGCAACCAAUCAGAUUCUGUGUUACUUCGGUUAAAAAAAAUAAUAAUAAUAACCAUCUGAUUGGCUGUCGCAGACGACUUUAUUUGCACAGCUGCUAAUUGCACAUUUUAUAGACUGUGUUCACAUUUUCGUCCAUGAAUCCAGACCUAACUGCGCAGCCCGCGGCACCGCCGACAGUAACCCACUGGGGUCCGUCGGGCGCCGAUUGUUUCCUAGAACGGAACAAAGAGGCGAUAAAACUGGCGCGGAUGUGAACGCAGCCUUAUUUUUUAUUGUCCCGUUUCUGUUUUGUCAUGUAUGUCGGGGUUUCACCAUUUUUUAGAGGGGGGGGUUCCCUUAGAUGUUAUGAAUUUUGCAUGGUCUUAGAAGUUUGCCUUUACGGAGGGCGACCACUUUGUUGAUCGGACAGUAGGGCUGUUCUGCUUUCUCACUAAGUAUAGGUUAUAUCGAUUCCCCUCCCCAGAUUGACUUACGAGGUGGGGGGUCUCCUAGUAAUACAAUCAUUGAUUUCGAUGGUCGCCUUGUGCUGAUCAUUAUAAUUGCCACCCAUUAAUCCCCUGAUUGGUCUGGAAGGACAAGCACACUAAUGCUAUCCGGAUGGAGUCAGAAGAUUGCCCCCCUGGUGGUAGUUUUUCACAUUACCCAAGGUUUUUUUUUGUUUUGUUUUUUAUCACCUCGCAUUAAAUGGCUCCUUAAAGUGACAGUAGCAUAAGGCAGAUUUCUAGACUUAUCGAUUUCACUGUAUUGGACGACUCACAUUAAUUGCCAUGUAUGUAGAGCGGCGCACAUACAUGUAGGCAGGCACGACUGUUGUGGUAUUUGACUGUCAGCGGUGGUCACUCGGAGGAAGCCAGUGGAGCAGACAUAGAGUAAGGCGCUUCCAUUCAUGCCAGGCCGGGGCGCUGUGCCCUUCACGAUGACCCACUCUCCCAUAACUCAUUAUAGUGUAGCCAUGAUAACUUAUAACUGCUAAGCACAGAGUUACCAUUAAUGAUUUUAUUUUAAUUUUUUACCUGAAGGGUAUGUACAGGAGAACUGGGUGUACAUGAUUAUGUAUGGGUUUCCAGGAGGGGGUGCGGAUUAUGAUCCAUUUUAACAACCCUUUGCUGAGUAACGUCUAACCUGUCAUUUAAGGUCUUAGGGAAUAACCGGUUACUGUUAUUUCCAUUAUUGGGAAUCUGUUACUACGCUGAGCCUGCUGACACCAUUCUCCCUAUUACUGUGCAUAGAGACUGGUGUCAGUGGUUGAAGCGGGGGGUGGGCAUAGCAUGAGUAUUAGGACUGCUGCUCUUAAAAAGUUAAAAUAGUGAGAAACUAGCUUGUGUACAUAUGAGCGAGGCAGUGCUUGUAUCUGCGGGCCUGUUACCACCCUAUACAACCCCCAUCAUGGGGGUGGGGGUCCCUGCAUUACUCUGGCAGCCGCUGCAAGAAUGGGUAUCGGGACUGCGCGACUCCAGCACUGCUGCUCUUAAAAAGGUAAAAUAGUGAGAAACUAGCUUAUGUGUACAUAUGAGAGAGGCAGUGCUUGUAUCUGUGGGCCUGUUACCACCCUAUACAACCCCUUUCAUGGGGAGGGGGGGUCCCUGCAUUACUCUGGCAGCCGCUGCAAGAAAAAUGCUAAAUUGGUGGGAACGGGGAGAUCAGCCUUUUGAAAGGGGUUGUUUUUGAGGAGCUAUUUUUUUUUUUUUUUAUGUCCUUUCCCUGUGACCACUAACCUAGUGUGUGGAGGACCUACCCUAAUUCAUGUCAGUCCUGCUAAUCACAUACACUAAAAUCCCCCUCUAACCCAUGUUCCUCGCUGGGGAUUAAGAAAUCCUGGAGGCCUAUGGGAGAGCUGGUGUGUUGUCGCACAGUGCCCCCUGCUGGGCGUGUGAUUUACGUGUUUAUUUUGUACAUAUAUGUAUAGCUCAUCCUGUAGGAGGAUGGUAAAGCCUGUAGUUUCUAGGUUCUGUUCAGAGGACGAAACUGGGAUAGAGAGGGAACUUAUACGGUACCAGUGACGUGAGGCUAAUACGGAUAACACUGUAGUUCUGCAUUAAGGCUAAUACACUGAUCUUAGCGGGUAUAAACCAGCUCCAGCUUAUUCUUGGCAACGCGAAAACCUCUCAUGACCCCAUACGUUCUCCUUCUCAUCUUAAUAGUUAUGUAUAACCCAUACCAUGCGUGUUGAUACUACCGAAUACCGUCUGUAUGGGGGUAUUUUACCCAUCCUCAAUAUGCAGUGACGGAUGAAUCAAGUACAAGGGCUGCCGACAUGUGCAUAAUAUCAGUGUACAUAUAUAUGUGUGUAUAUAUACAUAGCGACCCCUCUCUUCCCACGUGAAGGCUCUCUGGUAGUAGGGCUCUGCCGGGCUGUCAUGGGAUGUAAAUAUUUCAAGUAAUAUUUUUGCAGGCAAUAGGGGGUGGGAAUGGAGAGAAUGAAAGAAGCAGCCCUCGAAAAAAAUAAUCCGUAGCGUGUACCUGUAUAUACUGAGCUGCGUCAGGUGGCACAAUGUAUAUACCCCCUUUUUUAUUUUUAGGUAGAUUUAUUAUUUUUUUCAUAUUUGUAGGAAAGUAUUCAGACACCACAUUCUCACCAUAGUCAUUUGUUUUAAAAGGGAGAUUUCACAUAUUUUAAAUUCAUAUUUUGUAGGCUUAUUCCUGAGAGUAUCUGGUAAGUGUAGUACUAGCUUUCGACCACUAGAUGGUGCACUUUAGGUUAAGAUCUUGAGUGCACCACCUAUGGUCUGCUGGAAGGUACUACACAUUCCCCAAAGACGGAACCUAUAAAAUAUCGUUUUGAUGAAGGAUUAAUGUGAUUCUUCCCUUGUUAGCUGGCAAUAUUAACGGCAUGUUCACAGACAGACUGGCAAACUUCCCAAUGAUACACUAGCCGAGAGGAGGGCUGCACAAUGUUCACUGUUUUAUUUCCCUGCCCCCUGGGCCGGUGUGACUUUUAUUUUUAGUAAAUUUUAUUUUUUAACUGUAGAAAAUUUAAAAUAAAAAAAAAUUAAAAAAUUCAGAUUUCCUUCUACCAUAAACCUCUCACUAAAUGCACACUUGAUUGUGAAUUGCAGAUGCUUGACAGACUGUUCCCCACGCCCUUGGGUGGGGGAAUUUUUUCGCUUUUUUUUGUUUUCCACCCCAAAUCACUAACAAUACAUCUCCCCUUCCUUCUGCUCUCUUUAAGUGCCAAGAUAUCGCUGUGUGUUCCCUUAACUGUGAGACAGGAGCAUUGCACAUUAUGGAAAAAAAAAAUAAAAAAUCUGAAAACAUAUUAAUAAACAUUUUUAACAAACAGGGAAA